UGUUGCUGCAGGCUCAGUUGUACUCGGGAUAGUACCAGACGCAGACCUCCUCUCGCAGAGUUGCCCUGACGACAUGGAUGUCAAACUGCUGCCACUCGUGGCACUGCUGGUGCUGGCCACACACGCGCCUCCGGCCAAGGCGAAGCCCAUCAGCCUGGUGGAGCGCUGCUGGUGCCGCUCCACUCUGAACACCGUCCCACAGAGGAGCAUCAGAGAGCUCAAGUUCCUGCAUACACCCAACUGCCCCUUUCAAGUCAUAGCCAAGCUGAAGAACAACAGGGAAGUAUGCAUCAACCCUGAGACCAAGUGGCUUCAGCAGUACUUAAAGAACGCCAUUAACAAGGUGAAGAAGUCCAGAAGACGCAACAACAAGAAACUGUAACUUCUGACAGCCCAGUGCACCGGCCAUGGUUACUCCAGGGUGAACCCAAUAUACCUCCUCCUCCUUAUCACUGCUAUGGAUGUAUUUAAACAUGCUGUAUGCACCACCACCUGUCUGCUGGACUGCCUUCAAAACAGCACUUCACCGUCAAACUGUACCACCCACAGCCUCAACUCAAGUCUAACUGUGAACCCUGAAGAUGCCUGUACAUGCUACGUAUAGCUGCUCUAUAUCACUACAGAAGCAUGGAAUGUGACUCUUAGCAUCUGAACACGCGGUUAUGUGUAUACUGAUUGAAGUUCAGCUGAAAAUAGUUUAGAUGUUUUUGUUUUUUCAGGUUUGGGACCAAUUGAAAGAGUGUAAAUGCUCAUAUUUUUUCAUAUUAAAACUCAUGCACCACUAGAGGCAUGAGUGUCCAAUAACAAAACAAUUGGAAUUUAAAAAUGCAAAAUACUUCAAUUGUCGUUCAAACAAAACUAUUCUGACCUUUAUGUGAUAAAUGUAUUUAACAGUAGUGACAGUGCAGCAUAUCAGGUUAUUCCACUACUCUUGUGUUUAUGUUACAAUGACAGGGAAUCUCUAUGGACCAUUUGCUCGUUCAAUCCCGAGCCCCAGACCGAUCACAGCUGCUUAGGAAGUUAUAUAUUCUAUUAGUUACACAGUGUGAUUCUACAACAACCAGGUUUAUAGUAUUAGACAGUGGUGGAAGAAGUACUCACUUAUGUCACUUAAAAAGUACAGAUACUGGAGCAAAAAAAUACUUAAAAAUAUCAUUUGAAAAAAUCUACUUAAGUAAAAAUAUUAAAGUACCUGUUUAAAAUUGUACUUAAAGAGUAAAAAGUAAAAGUAUUUCACGCAGAUUUUGAGGUUUUAUAAGGUUUUAAACGUAGUCAACAGAUAAAGUUCAACAGAAACAACUGAAUCAAUCAUUUUUUUUCUAGCUGUUUUUAUUUGUAUAUUUUUGCUUGCUCAAAUUAUGAAUGUGUUAAAAAAAAAAAAAAAAAACCCUCAGACUUUUCAGCAGGUCUUAGACAAUAAAAAAUACUUCAAAAAUGUAAUAGAGUAGAAAGUACAGAUACCUGCUCUCGAAUUUAGUGAAGUAAAAGUAAAGAAUAUCCACUUAAAAUAUACUUAAGUAAAGUAUAAACACUUAAAAUUUGUACUUACGUAUAGUACUUUGCUAAUUGUACUUCGUUACAUUCCACCACUGCAUACUACUCUACAUGUCUUAUACUCGCUGCACACACAGAGUUAUCGUGGUAAUAUACAGCACUGUCAUCCUGGUGCUAAAUGUAUGCAGUUUAUGUACUCAAAAUGAAGAGACAUUCAUUAUACUGUACUUCACUUUUGCUUGAUUACUUUAACAGUCCCAGUUUGAGUUGUGAAUUGCAGUUGUUACGUGUAUUUGGGAAACAUAGACCAAAUAUUUAUUAUAUAGUUUGUAGUGAAAACCAGUUUGUCUGUAGUACUGCAGAAAUUCUAACAUUAGGACAAUCUGCCUUUUAUUGGUGGACAGUGUUAUAGUACUGAUAUGUAUACCAUUAAUAUUGAUUAUGUUUUAUCUAACUUAGGGAAUUGACUAAAUAUUCUUUAUCAGUACAGUUAAAUGCAGUAUUUUCGUACCAACACCGGUCCUUGGUAGGAACGUAAAGCUAAAAAGUCGUAACAGCUGCUUGACAGAGGACAAAAAGGGACUAUAGUGACGGCGGUGAGAUCGGAGUCUGGUUUUAUUUUAUUAUAUAUAUAUAUUUGAGCCACUUUAUUCUUUUAUAUGUAAUUGUUUAUUUUUAUAUUGUGAAUAAUUUUACUAAAUGCUUUCUGAUGCAAUGUACAGUAGAUGGCAACUAAAUGAAGGUUAUAACUGGGACAAUGAGCCGAUACAUGAGGCCGAUAUUCAAAGAUCAUCCUCUUCUGACAGAACUGCUAACUGUACUAUGACGCCGUCAGUCUACGCCUUACUGAGCAGGGGCGUGGGCAGGAAUUUGUGGACUCGGGGCAAGAAGCCUCACAUGGGCCCUCCUCUAAUAUAAAUGAAUAGGAAAAGGGCCCUUAAGACUCCGGGGCCCGGGACAGCAGACCACUUUGUUCCAUCCUGUCGCCUGUUAUUGAUUACAAAAAGUCUCAAACUAAAUUAUUGGUUAUUAUCAGGAAUUUAAAUGAGACAACACAGGUGAUACAAAAUGAGCAAAAACAGGUAUAUUUUUGGGGAAAAUUGCCAAAAAGUGUUUUAUGUUCCUAUUUUCUACUGAUAUUAGCAAUGACAAUAUUGUAGAGUUGAUUUUAUCAAGAAGGGAUGGAAUAAUAAAAUACAUUUGGCUUUUGAAGAUAUGACAAUACUAAGAGAAAACUAAAGGCCUCUGAUGACUUUUUCAAAUGACACUUAUCUGGUUUUGCAAAUGAACUUCACUUCACUCUUCUUAAAUCAGUAGUUUCCAUCAUUAUAAUUGUGUGCGGAAAUAAUAAUAGAUCAAAACAUAAUUUUACUGUAACAAAACCUAAACAUAUUUAUCGGUUUCAGAGAGUUGGAACAUUGGGACUGUUGUCAUGGUAAUUAGCCAUUUAAAAUACUCUCUUUACAUCAAUCAAAAGUCCUCAAAAUAGCAUCUGUAACAAGAAGCAGCAUCCCACGAAUAUAUAUUUUCAGCUUCAAGAACAUGCAAUGUAUUUUUCAAAUGUAGAGACUUGAAAUCAUAUGUUGACAAAAGUUUCAAAAGGACAAAAUCAGGAAAAUGUUUCUGGGCCAUUGACCACACAAGCUUUUUCGUUUGUAUAUUACUCCAAGCAUUCUUUUGAGUCAUUGCAUUAUUAUUAUUUGUGGUUAUGAUAUACUUUAUAAUAUGCAACACGUAGAAUCAAAUGUUUUGGGUUCACCCCUUCGCCCUGACGUCCAUUUUUAUAGUCUCACUCACUCACGCUGAUGUAUGUUCGGUAAGAGGUCCACAAUUCCACCUUUGAGAUGACUCCAACAUGUGCUUUCAAUUGCAACACUCCCCUUCACCCAGCAGGCCGUUCUUUUCAUAUCCACCAAAUUGUUCCUCAGCUAAAUACUUCUGCAUCUCUGUUACCAUGAACUUGGCAUAGACGUCCCAAUGGUUCUGGUCUUUCUUAUCAGCGCUGAUACAGUUAUUUAGCAUAACUGGUCACGGCUAGCUAUGUUAUUGUUAUACAAAAGAUCAUGAAAUUGUCUAACCUCACCUGAUAAUGUAAAAAUCUAUACCUAACCCUGUUGCCAACAUGAAUGCAGUUUAUUUAAAGUAUAAAGACUGCUACAACAAGAUGGACCAACAGAUCACUACUAACACUAUACUUUCUUGUGAGGCAGCUUCUGACACAGUUGUAUAUGUAAAAUGUAAUAGCCCUUUUGUACACCAAAGUCAGUAUUUUGGAAACAGUACUCUUUUUAAUAAAGUUGAAUGCUAUC